UCCGCCGUGCCCAGUGGAGCCACGUAGGGCCUCUCAACAAGCUGGUGCGCUUUACAGACAGCUCCGUCUGCCAAUGGGAUUCCCGGGGGCGGGAUUUCUUGGCAAAGAGGAAGAGUGUCACGGUGGCUUGGAGGUUUCGGUGCAGAGGGUAGUAUGGCUGGUGCGGUCACCGCCACGUCUCCAGCUGAUAAAGAGAGAUUUAUCUGCAUUUACCCAGCGUAUUUGAAUAACAAGAAGACAAUAGCAGAAGGAAGAAGGAUACCUAUAGACAAAGCUGUUGAAAAUCCCACAUCUACAGAAAUCCAAGAUGUAUGUGCAGCAGUUGGAUUCAAUGUGCUAUUAGAGAAAAAUAAGAUGUAUCCGAGAGAGUGGAACAGAGACAUGCAGUACAGAGGCAGAGUACGAAUCCAGCUCAAACAAGACGAUGGCAACCCCUGUUUACCUCAAUUUCCAACACGUAAAUCAGUGAUGCUGUAUGCUGCAGAAACUAUUCCCAAAUUGAAAACAAGAACCCAAAAGAUGGGAGGCAGUGAUCAAAGUGUUCAGCAAGGAGAGGGAGGCAAGAAAGGUAAAGGGAAGAAAAAGAAAUGAGCUCACAUCUGGAAUAAUUGUCCUGAGUUGUACUUAGGACAAAUGCAGAUGGACACACAACUUGCUGCAAGAUUGAAGUGAGAGAUACAAGCAAGAAGUAAACACAUGAUGCUGAAGAGAACUGCCUGCUGUUCUGGCAACUGAAAUGCAUGUAGAUGCCUCUCAUCUGUGUAACAAUAAAUUUGUCUUUACACACAACCUGCAAACGUGCAGCUAGCAUUCACUUUUAGAAGUGGGUGAAAGAAUUACUCUUUCCAGAAGAAACGUGGAGCUUUUGAUAAAUAUUCUUAUGCAGACUAGGUAUUUGAAAACUGGUUGCCUUAGUAAACCUUUAUCUAUGCUAGUCAAGUGACUGUCUUAAUUCUGGAGGGUCUUUGUCACUAAUGGAAAAACAUUAAUCAGUGGUGUUAUGGCUCUGUAAACUUCCCUUGCUAAUCAUCUUUCACAGCAGUCAAGUGUACUAAUAA